GGCCUGUCUUGUCGUGCUUGUCUGCCUCUAGUGGAAGUCUGCCGUGCCCAGGUCGUAUCCGUACGCCCCCAAGGCCCCAGCUGUGUCAACCUCCUCGACCACACAUCAACAACCCACUCCGUCGCUCCCUCUCUCUCUCUCUAUCGCUGCCGCCCAACCUCCCCUCCUAACGACGGCUCAGACGCUCUCUUCACGUCCUGCGAUCUCGAAGUAAAGUUGGUACGUUGCCCUGAUUUCUUCACCUCUUCUCGUCUUGUUCGUGUCAAUUGUGAAUUGAGGGUCUCCGGCGAGCCAAGCUCCAGUCGCGCGCUAUCAACCAAUCGCACCUGGGUCGGUCGGCAGAGCGACGCGGUAAACAAAUCAUUGGCCCCCCGGCGCUGCCACUCCCUCCCACUCUGGAGCCGCAAUUCAAUUGACGAACACCCCCCGGAAAACCCAUCGCAAACACCCUCAAAGACGGGCCUCCCAAGCUGAUACUCCUCCCUUCACCGCAGUUUUCCCCGCGAUUUUCUCGAUUACGUUAGCGAUACCCCGGAAACUUUAGCCCACCAUGUCGGUCAAGUUCGAGAAGGACACGAUAAAGAAGGGUGUCGAGGAGGUCAAGAAGGGCCUCAUCGGUGAACCUCUGCCCGGUACCAGCGGCAAGCACCCCAUCUCCGAGGCCAUCGGCACCGCCAUCACCGGCGGCAAGAAAAAUGCGGGAUCCAAGGGCUAUCUUGCGGCCUAUAUCAAGCAGCUCGAGCAGAACCCUCUCCGCACCAAGAUGCUCACUGCUGGAACUCUCGCCGGUGCUCAGGAGCUGAUCGCAUCUUUCCUCGCCAAGGACCGCAACAAGCAUGGCAACUACUUCACCUCGCGUGUGCCCAAGAUGGCCGCCUACGGCGCCCUCGUCAGCGCGCCCCUCGGCCACUUCCUCAUCUGGGCCCUGCAGAAGACCUUUGCUGGCCGCACCAGCUUGCGCGCCAAGAUCCUGCAGAUUAUCGUCAGCAACUUGAUUAUUGCGCCCAUCCAAAACUCCAUCUACCUCACCGCGAUGGCCCUCAUUGCUGGUGCCAAGACAUACCACCAGGUCCGCGCGACCGUCAAGGUUGGCUUCUGGAAGGUCAUGAAGGUCAGCUGGGUCACUUCCCCGCUGUGCUUGGCCUUCGCUCAGAAGUUCCUCCCUGAUCAACUCUGGGUGCCCUUCUUCAACCUGGUGUCCUUCAUCAUCGGCACCUACAUCAACACCAUCACCAAGAAGAAGCGUCUUGCUGCCCUGCGCAAGAAGCACUUCGGUGACGGCCGCUCUCCCUCCAUGGGAGGCCGCCCUGACGACUACCCCGGCCCCAAGGACUACCCUGGCCCGAUGGGAGGUCCUAACCCCCCUUACUAAACGACUCUUCUAUGGUGAGAUGGUUGAGAGAUGACAGCAAAAUAACGCCCAGUUGAUGAGAAAUCUGGUAACAUCUAAUACGAAAACGAUAUCAGUCCUUUGGGGCGGAUUUCUGGAGUUGAGGGGCGUGGAGGCAGUGUGAAGAUACGCGAGCUGGGAGCAAGCGGCUUGGAUGGACCGCAAACGACCGCCGAAUAUCCCUGUACAAUUUGCUUGCUUCAAAUGUUGCUAUCAUGUUAUAUGUCCCAUGUGUCGGUAGAUAGGUUCAAAUGCGCUUGGAUUUUUUUAA